AUGGCUUCCGAGCUGGAAGACGCCUUCCUCAAAUCACCGAUCGCUUUGUGGGCGGUCGCGGUUUCCGGCAAACUAGAUCUCACCUUCGCGGAAUUCUGCAAUGGACAUUCUCUCUACAACGAUGUCUGGCGUCAGAUCGACUCCCAGGCGAGCGCGCUCCGUGCGGGCUCGGACGAUGUUCCCACCAGAACGAAAACCCUUCAACGAUUGCUGGAAGCGAUGCUGAAUUUUUACAAGAAUCAUUUAGGACAGGUUCUCGUACUGAAACUCCCGGAUAUUUUGUUGUUGGCUCAAUAUGCUGAUUAUUCGAAGCCGAAAGCGGAUACUGUCCGCCAGGUCAUCUCAGAGCUCACUUCGCUCAUGUUACUGCUUCUGGGAUGCGCGGUCCAAUGCGAGCGUAAGGAGGAUUUUAUCACGUUGAUCAAAACCCUCGAUGUGGCCGCUCAACACUCUUUGAUGGAGUCCAUCCAACAAAUCGCUGACAACCCAGGGGCAGUUUGGCCAAGAGAGGGUGGCGCUGUUGAUGACAAUGCUAUGUACAUUGCUUUAGUAGAUAACGUUAGGAGGCUCACAGACGAACGCGACAGUUUGUCGGCUCUGUGCAUUCAGCUCACACUCGACAAGAUGACGUUGAAAGACAAAGAGAUCCAGCCGCCUCAGAGUCCUGUCGUCAAAGAGAACUCAGGUCUCACACUGGAGCUCGCAGAUACCAAGAGCCGUUUGCGGCGACUUCAGCACGACUACGAAGAGAAGAUCGAAAUACUGUCCGAGGCCAAGGAAGAAUGUGAUCAGCUGAAAGAGAACCUACAGAGGUUGAGACAGGACAAUCUACAACUGGUCCAGGACUCUCGUUGCGCUAAAGCGUUACGCGACGAGAUCGAUAUCCUGAAAGAGCGGUGCUUACGCUACGAAACCAUGGAAUCGACGAUGCAGAAGUACAAGGAGAAAAUCAGCGACUUGGAAUUCAUGCGGAGCCGAUGCGAAGAACUCAAGGAAGACUUAAGGGUGACGAACGAGACCAAGUUCAUGAUUGAGGAACAAUUGGAAGCGUCGAGGAAGAAGCUGGACACUUUGGUCAGUCUGGAGUCGGAACUGAUUUCCCUCAAGGUGGAGUUGAGCGAAGCACAUCUGGAACGAGAUCUGGCCGGAGAACGACUGAAUCGGCUCGCCGAGGAAAACUCUCAGCUUCACGUCGACAAGAAGAAUCUCGUCGAGGAGAUAUCUCGCUUGCAGUUGGAAAGCACGCACCGAGAGGAUGAAGAGCAAGACAGCAAUUUAGCAUUCGAGGGCCCGUCGCUGCUCGAGCAGAUGCACAACGACACCAUGAGCAGAUGUAACCAGCUGGAACUUGAAAGGGAGAGGCUGUCCUGUUCGCUUCAGGAGAAGGAGCGCGAAAACGACAAACUGCAAGGAGACAUUUUGACAUUGAGCCUCGAUGUAAAACAACUUCAGAAAAAGCUCGAGCUGGCCCAGUCUGACUGCAUUAAGCUGCACUCGGUGGAACAGCAACUCAGUGUGGUGAGUCUGGAGAAACAGCGAGCGCAACGGGAGGCUGAGUCGACCGAAAAACGCUUGGAGGAAAACCUUCUGGAGAUGACCGCCCUUCGGAGCGAAAACUCUCGGCUCACGACCUCUCUGGCGACCAUGAGAGGCACGAUGCAAAGGGUGAAUCAGUUGGAAAAAGAGAAAACUGAACUGGAAAGCCGCAUCAAACAACUCGAAAACGAUCGGAAAGCCUCGGAACGGGAGCUCCAGAGAGCGCGGCAGAGCGUCGAAGAGAGGGAGCGCGAAGUCGAUUCGAUUUCAGAAAAACUCACGGUGACCGAGAAGGAGCUCGGUGAGCUGAAGAAGCUUCUCGAUUCCCACGAGACGCUCAAGAAGCAAUUAGCAACGAGUGACAAACAAGUCCAUGUCCUCGAAGAGCAACUCUCGAUCGAGAAAGCCGCUCUAGUCGAUCUGCGACAGGAGAUGAUUCAGGAAAAGGUCAAGAACGGUCUCCUGGAAAACGAAUUAGAACAAAUCCACAUUCAACUCGAUAACAUGGAGAAGCAGCACAAGGAGCAACAGCAACUGCGGCAACACGGUUGGUGCACGAAUUCGCGACUCUCCGCCCGCUCUGGUUCCUCAACGGAAGAGUUUCUCUCUACGGCGUCGUCUCUCACCAGUGGUACUAUCGAAGUCCACGAGGGCUCCACAACCAUGAGUUCUCCGAGUGUUGCUCUGGAACUCGAUGACGACAGGAUCGACAAUGAGAUUCUGAUGGAAAACGUUGACCCGCUGAUCAUGAAUGGGGAUGGAGAUCGAGCUUCUCAACUCUCAGACGACAGGAGCAAGAUCAGGGAAUCGGCAGGGCCCUUCUCCUUGCCCGCCGACACCACGUCAGCGAUGGAACCGCAGAGAGAAUCUCUGGCCAGCGGGGUCGUAAGCUCACGAAUCGCUGAUCUCAAGGACAAAAUCGUCCACUUGGAGCAGAAGAAGAUCCAAAGCGAGAACGAGUGUUCCGCUGCCAAGAAAGAGCUCUCUGUCGUGAAACAACAGCUAUUGAAUGCGGAGUACGGAAUCGCACAGGAAGUGGCCAAGCGGGAGGCGUUGGCCAAGCAGAAUGCGGCCCUCCAGUCGCAUUUCGCGAGGCUUGAGGUCGACCAAAGCGUAGCCAUCUCGGCCAAGCAGCAACUUCAGGAGCAAACAGAAGUGCUUAAGCAGGAACUGGGACAGGUCAAGACGAGACUCCGAGAGAAAGAAGUAGAAGUCAUCCGCGCCAUCGAGAACCGGGAUAAAAUCAAUGAAGACUACCAAGUGCUCGAUAAACUACACAAACAAUUGGGCAACGAGUUCGAGCAGACCAAGGAUACACUCACCGAAUCCAAGAAUGUUCAGAAAACGCAGAAGGCCAAAAUCUCUGAGCUGCAGCGCCUGGUCAAGCAGCUCGAGGAUCAACUGGAAAUGACUCGAGAGGAGUUACGAGAAAAAUCUGAACUCGCAUCCAGUGUAGAGCUUCUUCGCUCGAUUCCCGGAGGUUCAACGGACUUUGCAGACAACGCCAAGCUCCGGGAUGAAAUGGAAACUCUCCACAACACUUAUCGGCAGCUCAAGGACGUGUGCAACCAACAGUCAUUGAAGAUCACACAGCUGCAAGGCCAACUGAGAGAUUCACAGGAUGAAAGGAGCUCUCACGAGGUGGAGAUUUCUAGACUGACGACCUCGUAUCAGAUGCUCCAACACAUCAACCAGGUUCUCGAGGAGGAGCGCAAGUCGCUCCUGUUCAAGGUGACGUCCCUGAUGACUUCUUACGAUCAACAUUUCGGACGAUUGCUUGACGUUAUUUCAACAUGCGACAACAACCAAGCCUCUAGCCAGGGACAAGGGGUGGCGGGUUACGAGCAAGAGCGACUCAGAAUGGAAGAAGAGCGGCGGCUGCUCGAAGAGAAGCUCAACGAAUACACAUCGAAGCUUGACAACAGCAUGUUCGUCAGUAAAGCGAUUUCGUCACGCAGCUCGACGCCUCUUCCCUCGGGUGAUGUCAGUCGUAGCCUUGCGACGCCCUCGCCGAUCCCCUCACAGCCCAUGCGUGUUAAUCGAACUGUUGAAAACCAUACCACGGUCAACGUCGUGAAUCAGGUGCAUCAUUACCCUCCCCAACCCGCGACUUCGACCCCUUACGCGAAUUCGUUCGGAGGCUUGAGUCGGUCCCCGUCUACUAGGCACUCCAUGUAUGCUCGAAGAAGUGCUCAUCAAUCAUUUGAAGGACACCAUCACGAAUCUCAUCGUUCGAAUAGUCCUGCCGUGGGACAACAUUUGUUCAGAACAACCUUGAAGAAGGAGGCGGCCGCAGCUCUCGGUUCGGGAACGCUGUCGGAUGCCGAUACGCCUUCCCGGAGGAGUCUCGCAUCUUCAGCUGUGGCGAGUCCGUCGGCGACCGGAGGCACCAACACACCGACAAAGCAAGACGUGUGGUACGAGUACGGCUGCGUAUGA